AUGGCGAAAAAGUGCGUUCACAAAGGCUGCGGAAAGACUUACGAGAAUGAAGAGGAGGAAUGCGUGUACCACCCCGGUCCACCAGUCUUUCACGAGGGGCAGAAGGGCUGGAAAUGCUGCAAGCCACGCGUUUUGACCUUUGACGAAUUCCUCGCGAUCGAGCCUUGCACCAAGGGAACCCACUCAGACGUGGACGACACACCCGUGCCUGAGAAGGUCGAAACACCUGAUGUCCCCAAUGGCACGUCCGUCAACCUUGGGUCGCUAUCAGAAUCUCUGCCAGCGCCUGCACCUCGUCUUCCCGCUGCCCAGGCUACGCCGCGAACGGCCACUCCUGCUCCACAACCAGAGUCUGAGGACGAUGAUCCAAAUGCGACACUGAAAGAGGGCAUGGUCUGCAAGAGGAAGGGAUGUGGAGAGACCUUCAAGGGUGGUGACAGGGAGGGUGAGAAGUGCGUGCAUCACCCUGGUGUGCCCAUCUUUCACGAAGGAAGUAAAGGGUAUAGCUGCUGUAAGCGGAGAGUGCUGGAAUUCGACCAGUUCAUGAACAUGGAAGGCUGCAAAACAAAGGACAGGCAUCUGUUUGUGGGCAAGGCGAAGAAGGAGGGCGAGGAGGAGAAGGUCGACACUGUUCGACACGAUUUCUACCAGACCGCAGUCACCGUCACCGCCUCUCUCUACCUGAAGAAGAUCGACAAAGCCAACGCCAUUGUCGACUUCCAGCCUGACCACGUCAACCUCGACCUCCGCACGUCUGACAGCAAACGCUACCACACCAAGUUCCCAUUGUUCGCGGGCAUCAAGCCAGAAGACAGCAAGUUUCGAGUCCUGGGUACGAAGCUGGAGAUGACUCUAGCCAAGGCAGACAGUACAAGCUGGCCAGUAUUGCGAAGUGACGACAGGUUGACUGGUGAGAUGAUCCAGGUUGGCAGGGCGGGAAGGGCAUAA